AACCUGUUAGUGAACUAUUUAGUCAUACACAUUUGUGUCAGCUGCAAGCUACAGCAAAGGAAUCAAAUACAAAUAACAAGUACAGAUAUAACUAAGUGGCUGCCUAUACAAAAUACAUUCUAAGAAUUUACAACUAUACAAAUGAAAGAGUUAAUGGCCCUUGACCACAAAUAAAACAUAUGAGGGAAUGGGCUUUCUUUGCUGGGCAUUAAUAAAGGUUAGUCAGAUGGCAGAACUUAUUCUGAUUCUUCUUAUUCUCAGAAAAGGAGCAGAGACAGGUGGAGAACAGAGGAUGGGCAUACUACUGAAAACCAUUUUGGGGGGGGGGGAGAUAAGGGUCUGAAGUACUGAAAGAUCUCUUUAACUGUUCUCAAGAUUGCUUCAAGGUGCAUCUUUGCCCUGCACAUCCCUUUCACAAAGGAAAGGCAGCUGGGGGGGGGGCAAGUCGGCCUGGCCAGGUGGGGGCAUGAUGCCCCCUGCAAUGUUGGGUGAAAUUUGGCACCACUUAUCCCAUGAUGUGCCUCCGCUAUGGUGAGGGCUUCCAUUUGCGAAACAGAACUCCCCCCCCCCGCCGCGUGCCUCCUGUGUCCUCCCCAAAUCUGCUCUGGAGGGUUUGGGGAACUUUUAUGGAUACUCCUCACUGUCUCCAGUCUGUAAGUAAAUAGGAUAAUUGAGAUCUCUGCACUAUCAGAGAGAAGGGUGUGCUGCAGUUUUCUAACAAAAUUACAGAAGAAGACAAGGUAUUAAAUAAUUGUGGGGAGGAAGUAUUAAUUGCAGAAAAAUGCAAAAAAGAAAAACACAAAAAGAAAAAGUAUGAAUUGACACAUGCCCAGUGUUUCUAAGGUGAAUAAUCUUAACCCUGUAUCUUUCUUUGGCUUCACUGAGCCAUUUAUGUCAGCCUCCGUUUAACCAAAACUGCAAUAUAGCAAGACUGGAUGGUUUGUUUAUUAUUAUUUUUCCUGCUAUUAGAAGUACUACGAUAGUCAGCUCUUAUGUAAAAGCGCCCUCUAGUGUGUGCAUUGAGGAUAAGCCUCAAAGGGGCUUAUUUUUUGCCACCAGGAAUUCUUCUAAAAAUAAUCAACCCUAUGGUUCUGAUGGCCUCCUGCUGUCACACACCCAAAAUCCAUCCCCUGGUCUACAAGAAGGCGAAAGAGGCAAAGGAAGUGAUGGUUAUGAAGGAUGAGAAGGUAACACUAGUGAAAUUAAGAGUCAUCUAUGUUCUUUUUUAAAAAAAAUACUUUGUUCUUUAUUAUCAACAAAUCUCAAUAAUCUUAUGCAAACAAAAACGAUCUUAUGUAAUUGAUCUUGUGUAGAUAUACAAAUAAAACUUAAUUCAAUCUUAGAAAAUCCCUUUCACCAUACAUUCUUGCUAAAAUCAAAAGUUUUCCCAUCAACUCCCACAGAGUCAUCUGUGUUUGACCCAUCGACCAAGGGAUGGAUGCCACCCGCUGUGAUUCGCAAGGUGAGAGAUGACCUGUUUUCAUGAGGAACUGCGAGGCCAGAGAGAAUCUGGCUCUCGGGGGGAGGAAGGAGGCAGCUCCCUGAUUCAAGAAGGGUUCAGGGACAGCCCUUCUGAGGAAGAGAGAGAAUUUCUCUUUUCUUCUGUGCUUUUCCAUUAUGAAGGACCCACCUCAAUUUCUCAGGUUUGCAGAUGUGCUCAUGGGCCCCAAGGUGUUUGCAACGUGAGUUUGACUGCUGGUCCAGGAGUGGGAGACACAGGUUCAAAUCCCCCCUCACCCACGGAGCUUAAGGGGUGACCUGGGGUGCUCCCUGCCUCACGGCUUAGCCUACCUCACAGAGCUGUUGUGAGGAUGGGAUGAGGAAGGGAGAAUAACGUAAACCACUCUUGAGAGCCUUACAGGAAAAAUGGGGUGUCAAUGUAAUAACAAAUGAAAAGCAAAUGAAACAAUAAGUAAGAUGGGGGUGGAGAUGUUCCUUCUCCUUAUUCUGCCCUAGGUUGAAAAGGUUAUGCAAGCUGCUGGCCUUCUGCUGCCGAGUGCCAAAACCCAUCCCCUAGUCUGCAAGAAAGAGGACUCCCAAAAGUCCUUUAUCUCCACCAUCACUGAUCCUUUCCCUCUCCCAGGUGAGUGCCUAAGUCGUGCAGAAGCUUCCUGGCCUUUGGGAAGGAGGCGCCAGGAGAACAUUUAGGGGGCCAGUCUAGUCCCCCUAGUCCACUGACCACACGCCACUGGGCCAGGGCAAGUACCUUGAGGUGGGGGAGAAGCUUACACUUUGAUGAGGCAACUGGGUGGUGUCUUUCUGCCUACACCCCCCAUGCCCCUUGGUUUUAAACCAAGGCAAGCUACUGACUUUAAAAAUCUCUUAAGAAAGGUCCUGGGAAAUACUCUAGGUGGUGAUUUUGAGGUGCCCAGUGACACUGACUGCAGGGGAAAGAUUUUAACUGGAAUUUUUGAUAAGCAGGUAAAUGUUCCUUGAAAAAAAUCACCACAUUUCUGCAUUUGUUAUGGGGGCCCCUGAUUUUGAAAGUGGAGCGGCUUAAGCAGGGUUUGUUUCCAGCCAGAACUCACCAUCUGACACCUCUCAGGUGGGUGCCAUUGCCAUCAAGAAAAAUAGCCCUGGGCUUAAGUAUUUAAAGGCACACCUCGUUUCUUGCUUUGAGGGAGAGAUUUAUAACCUCCUUUUUCAGAUGUUUCCAGGAAUUGAGGUGUCUUGGGAUACAAAUGUACCACACCUUAUUCUUUUCUUGCUUUAACCACUUGGGGACCCCCCAUUCAAGCAGAGAGGCUACCAGGCUGUGGGAUGCCCCCCCUCCUUGUGUCUGACCCCAUCAUUGUGUGCAUUUUGUGGGUUAGCCAAGGCGCAUCUUUUUGCACAUGCCUUGGGGUGGAAGGUGAGUCCAAUGCACCACUCCCUCUGCAGGGUUGUCUGUUGGUUUUGCCUGCUGUUUGACACAGUUUGGUGUUGCUACACACUGUGAGUUGCUUGUUGUUUAAAACUGUGUGUCACCUGCCUGAAGACUUUGUGGUGAAGAGCAGACUAUAAAUGGAUAUAAAUAAACGUCCUGCUUUUAGACUCUUCUACUAAUAUGGCUGCCUUGCAUUCCAUGUGGGCACCAAAUGUUGCCAUGCUCUACACACAUGCGUACACACACACACAUCCACAGUGGCAUACUGAAACGCUAGAGUUGGCUUUGUGGGAGGCUUAGUGUGGGCAGCUGGUCAAGAGGAAGGACUCCCUUCCACUGCAAUCCAUACCUCAGUUCUCUGUACUGCUGUUACUAUGAUUUAUACCACUCUUACUUCAGGGAACUCAUGGUCUUAUUUUUCCUUUUAAUAAUUUCAAUGGGGGUGGGGGGAGAGACAAGAUUUUUUCCUGCACCGGGUACCACCUGACCUUGCUAUGCCACUGAGUGCGCCCCUCUCCUGAACAUAUAUAUUUCAAGUUUGCUCUUCACUUUUCGCUUGUGGGCUUAAUCAUAAGAAGGGAACCUCUAAGUUUUGGAGGGUCAUUUGACAAGCUGUCCUCCUCAGUGGGUCCAUCUUCAUGAGAUAGCCAUGGCAGCUAAUUCAGUUGUCAGCACCCCCAAAUUCACGGCAGCUCUACAGAGCAUAAAAGCACUGCAACCCAGUUACUUAGUCUCCUUAUUCUGCCCUAGCGUGAAAAGGCUACAUGAGCGGCUUGUUUCCUGCUGCGGAACUCCUAAAAUCCAUCCCCUGGUCUGCAAGGAAGAGAAGGUGGGCUAAGCGACGAGGUGGAGAAGGUAGUGAAAUUCCACUGCAUAUAUGUUUGGCCCAGGAAGCAAGAGAUGGAUGAGACCGGCUCUCUUUCAACAGGGGAGAAUUGUUCUGGCACUCAAAAGAACCUAGCUCAUUGGGUAGGAAGGAGGCAGGUCUCUGAUUCAAGGAACCUCAUGAGCAGUGCAGUCAUGUGCAGUGCAGUUGUCAGGACAAGAUGGGGGGGUGGCCCCCUUGAGUAUUCUUGGAGAAAAGUAUGUGCAUGUUUGGCACAGACAGCAGGGGAUGUAUGACACCGGAUCCGUGCUGAUGGGGAAUUGUUGUGAGGCCAGAGAGCUCCUGGCUUACUGGGCAGGAAGAAGGCUUGUUUCUGAUUCAAGAAGACUUCAGCAGCACCCCUUUUGAAAAGAGAGAACCAUUUCUCUUUUCUUUUCUCCUAAUCGGGUCACCUGGUCUUGUGAUUAAAUUCCCAGUUAAGAAACCAAACCAGCCUUCAAAGCCAGGACAAGAAGAUAACCAGUCCUCAAAAUCUCCCUGAAGCCUGAUGAAAAUGGUACCACCACCACCUUCCUCAUUGCGUCUGAAGUGAAAGCCUAGGACUGAGAGUCGGGGGGGGGGCACUAGCUGCAGCUGGCCUCUCUCAAAUUAUAUUUUUAUAACUGAAUAAUGUACUGGAUGAGGGGUGGCCUAGAACUUUUAAAAAUAAAUAAAAACAAAAUUGCUCAAACCGUUUAAAGUUAUGAACAUGUAUAUUAAGAGGAACAAUGGCCCUGACAGAGGAAGGCUGCCAAAGUAAAUGUGACCUGUCCUCCAUUGUGACUCUUUCCCCUGCUGGAUAACUUGGCAGAGAACUUUGGUAAGAGCAACUAUUUGAGGAUUGCUAGUAAAGGUGAAAGGAGGGAGUUGUGGAAGAAUAAAAUAUGUUUGCAGCAGCAUUAAGGACAAUUUCUUCUUCUGAAGUGAAGGUAGAAUUUCUAUCGCUACCUGCCAAGAUUUAGCAGUUUAGAUGCUUCAAGGGAAAUGGUUUGCAUCAUCACAAGAGGGGUAUCACUCAGUUUUGUAGGGUCUUCUGAUAAGAUGCCCUCCUCAAUGGAUCCAACUCCUUGCUGCCCUCUCCAUUAGAGAUUCCUGGUGGCAAAUUCAGCUGCCAGAGUAUCAAGAAAGUGACUAUAAUCCCUUUUCUGAUCUCCUCCUUGUUCUUUCUUAGGUUUCUGAGGCUGCACAGGCUCCUGGGGGGCUCCUGCUGUCAUGCCCCCCAAAUCCAUCCCCUGGUCUACAAGAAGGAAGGGGAGGCGGAGGACGUGAUGGUUAUGAAGGACAGGAAGCCGGCACCAGUAAAAGUCAGAGACAUCUAUGUGUGCUCCAGUGAUCAGGGGAUGGAUGCCACCAACCCUGAUUUGUAAGGCGAGAGAUGACCUGCGCUCAUGAGAAACUGUGAGGCCAGAGGCAGGUCUCUGAUUCAAGAAGAGUUUAGGGACAUCCUUUGUGAGUAAGAGAGAGCAUCAUUUAUUUUCUUCUGUAUUUUCUCAUUGGUUCAUUGAUUUAUCCUGUGAAUAUGUUCCAGGUUAAGAAACCACUCCAACAUUCAAAACCAACUUGGGGGAGGGGAAGCUUUAAAAUAUUCCAGCAUCCUGAAGCCUGCUGAAAAUACCGUAUUUUUCGCUCCAUAAGGCGUACCUAGUUUUCAGAGGAGGAAAACAGGGAAAAAAUAUUCCGAAUCAAAUGUCGUACUAAACUACUGGUAUAUCAGAGUGAGACUGAGAGGGACAGGAGCUGUAUGUUUGUUUAGUGUGCACGCUCAAGGAGCCAGCGGAUCAGCUGAGACGCUGGGGGGUUUGUCUCAUUUUCCCCUCUCCCUCAUCCCCUGCCCUCCAGUCCCCAGCAGCCUUCCUAUUUUACCUCCUGGUUUUCACUGCGCUUGUGGCUCAGAGCUCGAGGUUGGGGGUUUUUUGCUGUGUAAAAGCGCUCCUCCUUGCAGCCUUCUACUUUGUUUGUACACGUGGCUACUGCUUUCAGGUUCAGUUUGAGUGAUAAGCAGCCACUGGCAGCAAUAGAAUGGAGCACCAAAAAGGGGUAGGGGCACUAGGACCCAGACAAUGCUCAAAUUUAUCCUGCCUCAAAACAAGCUGCAGAAGUAAAAGGCAGCCUCUUGUUCCCAGAGGAUCAGCUGAGACGCUGGGGGAUUUGCAUAAUUUCCCCCUCUCCCUCAUCCCAUGCCCUCCCCAGCCUUUUUUUUUUACUUCCUGGUUUUCACUGUGCUAGUGGCUCAGCGUUCGAGGUUGGGGGGUUUUUUUGCUGCUGGUUGCUUACAUUUUAUCCUUCCCGAUCCAACCCCCCUGUGCCCUGCCGUCCCUCUGCAGCCUCACUGCUCCGUUUAGGGAGCGUGCAGACCUUUGCUAGCUGAGGCUGCUGCAGCUGUUGCUGGCUAUGCACCGCUUCUAAAAGCACCUGCUGGCUUUGAAUCACCUGCCUCCUCCUGGCUCGCUGUAAAGCAAGCAAAGGGAGAGCUGCGCAAAGCGGGACAGAAGCCCUGUAAGCGGCUCCCGCUUUGCUUGACUGACGGGAGCCAUGGCUCCGGUCCAGUCCAUUCGCUCCAUAAGACACACAGGCAUUUUCCCUUUCUUUUUAGAAGGGAAAAAGUGUGUCUUAUAGAGCGAAAAACACGGUACUUAUGUUUCUCAGAGAACUUUGGUAAGAAUAACUCCUUGAGGAUAGUGAAGUGAAGGUCAAAGAAGGUGGACAAGAGUGUCGUUAACUAUGGUACUGUCAUGGUAUUGACGGAGAAUGAAGGGGAGGAGGAGAGACAGGCAUAGGAAGGGGGGCAGGAAGUGGCGGUGGAGGAAAGAAGGGAAAGCCAGGAGGAGGGACGGCUCACAGAUGUUGGACCAGAGCCUCAACACCGCACAGGAAGUUCUGGCACAGACAGUGAAGCAAUGCCUGCUCCGUCUGCCCAGGAAAGGAGAGUGUUAAAGAGGAGGGGACAGAGACAUCACAUGAAAAUUCCCCGCCUUUUCUGUUGGAGAAGGGGCAGGCAUAAGCCACUCCCAGAAUCUGAGCCGGAGGAUUCGGAUGCAUGAUUGUAAUGGGCUGCUUGUACAUAUGUAAAAUAAAGACUGUAUAUAUGUAUCUCUGAGUGAGCAGAAGCAUUUCUUGCGAAGAGCGUUCACAAGCCAUCACAGGUACUCAGCAGAAUAAUUUCCUCUUGUAAAGUGUAAGGAAGAUUUCUCAUUUUUUCUGUAUUCUGGUUCUAUCACUAUCCAUCAAGAUUUAGAAACAUAGGAAGCCAUGGCAUGGUUAGAUUAUUUUAAAAAGAUGGUCCUUCGAACCAGUUUAGAUGCUUUCAGGGUUAAUGGCUUGUCUUUUUGCUUGUGGGCAUAAUCCAACAAAGAGCACAACCCCAAGAUGUUUUGGACAAGCUGUCCUCCUCAGUGGAGCUGUAUUUUUUGCUGCACUCUACGUGAGAUAUACAUGACAGCAAAUUCAUUUGUCAACACCCCCAAUUCACUGCAGGUUUACAAAGCAUGAAGGUGUUUUUAUUAUGUUUUUAUAUAUGUUGUAAGGAGCCCAGAGUGGCUGGGGAAACCCAGCCAGAUGGAUGGGGUAUAAAUAAUAAAAAAUAAAAUUAUUACUACUACUACAACAACCCAGUUCCUCACCAUCUCCUUAUUCUGCCCUAGAUUGAAAAGGCUACAUGAACUGCUUGUCUGCUGUUGCUGAAAUUCUAAAAUUCAUCCCCUGGUCUGCAAGAAAGAGGAGGAAUUGGAUGAAGAUGUGGCCUUAAUGAAUCUGGCUGAUUGGGCAGGAAAGAGGCAGGUCUUAGAUUCAAGAAGACUUAGGGACAUCCCAUUCAAAGAAGAGAUAACCAUUUCUCUUUUCUUCUGUCCUUUCUUAUUGUUUAACAGGGUCACCUGACCCUGUGAUUAAGUUGGCUACAUACAAUUUCUAUGUUCAUUCCACAAUUGCAUGGAGUUAUAUGCCCUUCAUCAUGUGAACACAUGUUCACAUACAACUCUAUCCUAUGCAUGCUCAUUCAAAAGUAGCUCCCAUUGCACAAAGAGGAAGAAAUGUCUACUUUCUUUCACAAUAUACCAUUUUUUUCGCUCCAUAAGACGCACUUUUUUCCUCCUAAAAAGGAAGGGGAAAUGUGUGUGCGUCUUAUGGAGCGAAUGCAGAUGGGAGAAGGGACUGAUGGGCUGCCUUCUGUCCCUCAUUCCAGCUCAUUGGAAAGCCAGCAAGAGCCGCUGCUGCUGCCAGGCUCUGCCUAGCUCUCUCUUUAAAGAGCUGCGCCGAGUGUGUCUGCGGCUCUUGCUGGCUUUUCCACGAGGUGCGGGGAGGGACUGAUGAGCUGACUGUAAUUCAAGCAAAGGGAAAGCCGCUUACAGGCUUGCUUUACAAUGAGCCAGAAGGAGGGACGGAGGGCAGCCCCUUCCGCCCCGCCCCCCAGAUGACUGUACCGGUAAUUCAAGCAAAGGGAGAGCCACUUACAGGGCUCCUGCCCCAGGGUCUCCUCCUCCUCUUUUUGCUCCGGUUCCAGCGAGGCAAGGCAGCUGCCCGCCACAGGCACGUGGCACAAAUGUGAGCUCUCCAUCUCUCUUCCUUCCUUCCCUCCCCCUUCCAACUUGAAUAAAAUAUUGGGGGGACAGGUAAGCCCCACCUUACAUACUGCAAUUCAGCCUUUCUCAACCUGUGGAUCCCCAGAUGUUGUUGAACUACAACUUCCAUCGCCCCUAGGUAGCAAGGCCAGAGCUCAGGGAAGAUGGGAGUUGUAGUCCAACAACAUCUGGGGACCCACAGGUUGAGAAUUGCUGUGAUCUCAAGACAAAGUGCAUGCACACUAUAUGAAUGACAAUGCCCAUCAACAUAUUGGGGGGGGGAACGACUCCCUCAAAUAUUUAAUGGGGGGGCGAAGGCACCUAGGCCUCUAGGAGUUGGCUGCUAUGCCUAGGACAAUUCAAGAAAGCAAAAUGAUGCAUAUGCUAUAAUAUCAAUAAACUUUUAGGGUGAUACCGUAAUUCUUUUUUUUAUAGACUAUAUGUUGGCUAUGUUUACUAUGAUGCCAUUAGUUAAAGGUAUGGUCAGCACUCAGUGGUAAACAUUGGAGAUACCGUACAUUACUGACAGUUCCUUCAUCACUGUAUUUUCUUGCAGAAAACCUCCCCCAUUCUGAUAAGGAUGAUAAAGCGGAAAAGACUAGCAUAUAAAAUUCCUUUUAAACUAGAGGUAGUAAAAUAUGCUAAGGAGAAUGGAAACAGAGCAGCAGAGAGACAUUUUAGGCCACCUCCAACUGAAAAAAUGAUAAGAAAGUGGAGGAAACAGGAAGCUCAGCUGCAAAAAGUAAGAAGACUUUUCGUGGAAAUGCUGCAAAGUGGUCACAGUUGGACGUGGCCAUGAAAGAAUGGAUCACAAAUCACUGGAAUAAUGGCUUCACAGUCUCUACAAAAAUGAUAAUAUAUGAAGCCAAACGCAUUGCUGUAGAGAAAGGCAUUCAUGAUUUUACUGGAUCACCAUCGUGGUGCUACAGAUUUAUGAAGCAGUAAGGCCUUGCUAUGCGCACCAAAACUAGAAUUGCACAAAAAAUGCCAGAAGAAUAUGAAUCUUUUCAUAAAUUUGUAAUUGAUGCUAGGAAGAGAAAUGGAUUUGAAAUUGGCCAAUUAGGAAUCUGGAUGAAGUCCCACUAACCUUUGAUGUGCCAUCUAAUAGGACUGUUGAUCUGAAAGGUGCCAAAACUAUCAUCGUGAAAACCUCCAGACAUGAGAAAACCCAUUACACAGUUGUGUUGUUAUGCUGUGCAGAUGGCACCGAAUUGCCACCCAUGUUAAUUUUCAAAAGAAAAACUUUUCCAAAAGAAAUGAUUCCACGAGGAAUUGUACAUGUUCAUGAGAAAGGAUGGAUGGACAAAAAUGGAAUGAGAGUAUGGGUUGAAAAAGUGUGGUCCAAACGUCCUGGAGGGCUUUUGAAAAAACCUGCCUUAUUAGUACUUGACCAGUUUAGAGCACAUAUUAGCGAAACUACAAAAAAGUGCUUUAAAGAAGUGAAGACUCAUCUAGCUGUAAUUCCUGGAGGUCUUACCAGCCAGUUGCAACCUCUCAACGUUUCCAUCAACAAGGUCUUUAUGCGAGAAGAGUGGAACAAAUGGAUGGCUGCUGGUAAUCAUGAUCUGAAACCUACUGGGCGAAUGAAGAGGCCCACUCUCACUCAGGUUUGUGAAUGGGUGAAAACAUCAUGGCACUCGGUGAAGGAGGAAAUCGUUGUCCGGUCAUUCAAAAAAUGUGGCAUUAGCAAUGCUUUGGAUGGAAACGAAGAUGGUCUUUUAUAUAAAGAUAGCGAAGAAAGUGAUGUCAGUGACUGUGAGCAACUGAGCUUCAUAAAUUCUGACUCUAGCACUGAUGAGUUCUUGGGGCUCACAGAAGACUAGAAGAGUACUCAAACCUUAAAGUCUCUCUUCAUUUGUUAAUGACAGUGAUGGUGGUUCUUAAUGCCACUGUUGACUGCUGUUCACUUUACAUGGUUGUAAUAUGAUUCUGAUAUACCAGUUGUUUAUUAAAUAGUUUAGUACAACAUUUGAUUCAGAAUAUUUUUUUUCUUGUUUUCCUCCUCUAAAAACUAGGUGCGUCUUACGGUCGGGCGCGUCUUAUGGAUCAAAAAUACGGUAAGUUUACAGCCUAUCACUUCUCAGACACACUGCAUGCAUCUAUAAAUGCUCUUAUCACUCAAGUUUUAUUAAUUACAGGCAACUCCUCACUUGCGCAUGAUAUACUUGUGCACAACUGCGCCCAUGAGUGGCACCGUGAACCCAGAGGCAGCGGAAGAGAGCUUGGCAGUCCUCCAGACUUGCAAGGAGAUCCUCCCCAGGGCUGCUCAGCCUCCCAGCCUAACAACUGACAUGUGGGGUAGAACAGCAGCCGCUUUCCCACACACCAGCUGUUAGGCAGGGAGGCUCAGCAGCCCGUCUGCUGUGCCUCCAAACUCUUUGGUGUUCUCUUUAGGCUCUGGGGAGGGUCACCUUGCAAGCCAUGAGGACUUGGGGCCCCGGAACAUCCCCGGUGUAAGUGGGGAGUCACCUGUGUAUUAUUAUCAGGAAACGACGGGGGAAAUGUGGGUGGGGUACACUGAUACCUCCCCUGAAUUUUACCUGUCUUGACCUGUAUCUCGAAAAGAAUACAAACAGCUAUUCAGUUUAGAGUAGGUAAUGUCUUGACAAUAUAAAUGUUUUAAGUUUUUUUUUAUCAAUCUAGUAUAUUUUCUGUUAAUUGUUGAAUGGUUCUGUGUACAUUGCGGCAGCCUUUGGCUAUGCGCAAUAAAACUGACUGAGUAAUCAUAGCGAUUAGGCAAUCAGGGACCCAAAUGAAACAGCACACAGAGAAUUAAAAAUUGCACAGGUAUCAGCUAACCCACAACAGGAUAAUUGCAACAAAUAAAUUGUGAUUUGAUUUUGCUGAAAGUGUAUGUUUGCCUCCUGGCUUGGGACUGCUAAAAGAGAAUCUAGAGAAAAUGGGAUGGUCCAUGAAUCAUAGACACUUAUUCGGCUACUCUAGUGCAGCUGUCACUGGAGGGUUCUGAAGCUCCCCCAUUCCAGCACAAUUAAGAUCCCUUUUCGCUUGGCUAUUUGAUCUUUGAACCUGUGGCUCAUGAGAAACACUUGUUAAACUUCAGCUAUAGGCUGAAAUGCCACAGAAAUAUUGCCUGAAGCAAAAUGUGGAGCACAGUUGAGAAGUUCCUCCUUAAUUUGGGGUGAGGGACCCUGAGAAAUGUUCAGGGAAGCCAAAAGAAUUCUGAAAAGACCAGCGAAGGAGUUUCACA